UUGAUACGGAAAAUUUUCUUUUUCUAGCUGAUGUCAUCAAACUUUUCGUAAAUUGCCGAAAAAAAAACGAAGAACCUCCGAUUUUGUAAGUUUUGUUUAAUCAUAAGCGCAAAAUCGUGCAGCAUCGCAAUGGCCGAUCCAAAGUUUCAAUUUUUACCGUAUAUCGCUCACGACCAGCCGGACGUUUACGAAACACCGGACGCUCCGGAAUCGGAAACGUCCGAUUUCUACGACGAAGAACCAUCGAACGAGAGCAUCGAGCGGCUGCACAUUUCCACCAAGGAUUCGUACAACAAAUUCAAGGGCAAGUAUCUGACUGGGAAUGUGGACUUCAGCGACCGGAUCGGAAAGAAGAUCAGGAACGGAUAUGAUGCCUCCAGCGGGGAAUGGGAUCUGGCCGGAGAAGGAGAAAAGGAAACGCCGAUCCAGAAGUGUCUGCGUCUGCAGUGCGAAAUGAACGAACUGAUGGAGGAGAUUACGGCUUCGCAAGCGGACGCCACCAAGACCAAGGAGGAGAAGGCUUCGUACGAGGCGGUGUUCGAGGUGGUUGGAACGGCGAAGAAGGUGUUGGAGAGUUUGAAGUUGGAACAGGCCAUUGGUAGCGAAACGGUGGCUAUGGGAGCGGAAACCGAAGCGAAGAAGCUCCUGACCAAGAUAGAGCAGUACAAGAAAUCGGGUGGAGCUGAUCCGGCUAAGACGGCUACGGAGUUGGUGUACAGUUCCCGGAUUGCCGAGCUGGAGCAUCGCUUGCAUGAACUGGAGGUGGCCGUAGGGGCCAAGCCGGAAAAGAUCAGCCGAUUGGCGGGUUCGGCUGGAGCCGGAAAUUUGAUCGAAGCCGUGCAAUCCAUUUCGGCAAAGGCCGCUCUAUUGCAGCCGCAGCAGUUGGAUCUGAUCGAGGCCAGGCUGGGCAAUUUGGUGUCCAAGAUGACGGCCAUCGAUGAGAAGUCCGCUGCCGCCGGUCAGGAUCCCAACCGAGAGCAAAAGAUUCUGGAACUGUACGAAAUCGCCAAGACCACGGAACCGAUUGUGCAGAUCCUGCCGGACAUGCUGAACCGGAUGCAAACGCUGGAAUCCUUGCAUAAAUAUGCUACCAACUUUAGCAAACUGUUCGCCGAGUUGGAAACAACUCAAGCAAGCAUUUUGAACGGAAUUGCCGGGAACAAGACGCUCCUGACCGGGGUUCAGGAAGCGUUUGCGCAAAAUCUCGAGAAUGUUAACAAGGAGGUCAAGAAGCUGGAGGAACGCAUGAAGGCGCUUCAGGAAAAAGUUAAGUAGGUAAUUUAGAGAUAGAAAUCAUUCCCCAAACAGGAGCGAUUCUGAUCGAUACUUAUUACUCAGUUUUGCUUUUAGAAGUAUAGAUUUAACAUAUUCGCUUAUUUAUUUUUCAAAAUUAUGUUUAAUCGCUGCAAUCGCGUUUGCUCGUGCAUUCGCUCAAAGAAGAAUGUCAUUAUUUGACGAGAAAUA